AUGGACCGGGAGGGCAAUGUCCAGACCAUUCAAGACGUCAAGGACGAAGCCUUGAGCCAUGUCGAAGACACGGGCAACAACUAUGCUCGCAACAUCAAUGCCAAGAUUUGGAACCCGCUCAUGGGAAUUUCCAAGGAGAACCUAAGGUCUCAAGUAAACGCCUUCUGCGGCGAGUAUGGCUUCACCGACAAGCAGGAUCUCUUCUUCCGAGGCGCUCUCGCGGCGCAAAACCCGCACCCGGACACAAUCGCCUCCAUUCCCGAGUUCACCGAUGAUGAUCGGUAUUGGCUACAGCGCGAGAUCACACACCGCUGGCACCUACCCAAAGCACUCUACUACACCGUCGCCCUCUGCUCCCUUGGCUCUGCCGUCCAGGGUUGGGACAACACGGGCGCCAACGGGGCCAAUCUCUCGUUCCCGCAAGAGUUCGGCAUCGAACACAAUGGCUGGCUCAUUGGUGUCAUCAACUCUGGUCCGACGCUCUUUGGCCUCUUGAGCGCCUGGGCGGCUGACCCUGUCAACAACCUCAUCGGCCGCCGCGGUACCGUUUUCCUUACGGGUCUCUUCUGCAUCUUCCCCGUGCUCGCUCAAGCCUUUACUCAAAACUGGCAAGGUCUGCUCAUCUGCCGCCUGUUUAUGGGUCUCGGCAUGGGUAUCAAGAUCUCGACGAUCCCGGUGUUCUCUGCCGAGGUAGCCCCUGCGAGCAUUCGCGGUGGCCUCGUCACCAGCUUCCAGAUGUGGGUGUCGUUUGGAAUGUUUGUCGGCUACUGCUUCAACCUUAUUUUUUUUCGCAUCGGCCGCUUGGCUUGGCGGUUCCAGCUUGCAGCUGCCUUUGCCCCCGCUGUUCCAGUCUGCAUCUUUGUCUGGUUCUGCCCAGAGUCUCCGCGCUGGCUUAUGAAGAAGGGCCGGUAUCCCGAAUCCUUCCAGUCAUUCUGCCGACUGCGCAAUACCGAGAUGCAAGCCGCCAGAGAUCUGUAUUACGCCCACUGUCAGGUCGCGGAAGAGCGCGACGCUUUUGCCGGGGUGAGCUUCUUUCAUCGCGCGUGGGAGCUCGUCACGGUCCCGCGCCUUCGUCGUGCUGUCGUGGCCAGCUCAUGGAUUGUAAUAAGCCAGCAGUUUUCGGGAAUCAACAUAAUGGCUUUCUAUAGCUCUACCAUCUUCGCAGAGGCUGGCUAUUCGGCACUGAAUUCUUUGCUCGCCUCCAUGGGCUUUGGCAUCGUGCUUUUCGUCUUUGCCUUCCCGGCUGUCUAUACCAUGGAUACAUUUGGGCGACGCAAUUUGCUUCUGGUCACCUUCCCCAACAUGGCUUGGUGUCUCCUGGCGGCCGGCUUCUGCUUCCUCAUGCCGGAGAGCUCUGGGGCGCGAGUUCCCCUCAUUGCGUUUUUCAUCUAUCUUUUUACAGCCUUUUACGGACCAGGGAUCGGACCGUUGCCUUCCAUCUACUUUUCCGAAGCCUUCCCUUUGUCUCACCGAGAGCUUGGCGCCGGCUUCACCAUCUGCGUCAACAACGCCGUCGGCAGCGCCCUCGGCCUCACAUUUCCAUCGCUUCUGGCCAAGCUUGGUGCAACUGGUGCCUUUGGCCUCUAUGCCGGCUUGAACCUCUUGGCAUUUUUCGUGAUUUUUUUCAUUGUACCCGAAACCAUGAAACGCACUCUGGAAGAGCUCGACUACAUUUUUGGCGUACCUACCCGGCGACACAUUUCUUACCAGGUGGGCACUUGGUUGCCGUGGUUCAUUAGGCGCUACAUUUUCUUCCAGCAUAGCGCUAAGCUGGAACCGCUCUAUAAGCUCGACGGCUCGGGAGCCUAG